GUGCUUUGUUUCAUACAGCACCGGUACCCAGGGAUCAGCAGAGCCAGGGAUUCUCCUUUGCUGCAUCCAUUCACUCCCACCAGUUACACUGGAGCACAGGACACCGGGCCGGUCUCACUUUCAUGCAGAUAUGACUUCUCAUACCCUACUGUGCCCACCGAAAGCCCUAGAUCUACUAAUGAGUGCAUCCCCAAUGUGCUGACAUCACUCCUCUGCACAAUAGGCUACCAGCUCUGCUACAAAGACAUGAAGAUCUGGAGCUCAGAGCAUGUGUUCAGCCAUCCUUGGGAUGCCGUAAUUAAAGCAGCCAUGAGGAAAUACCCAAAUCCCAUGAAUCCUUGUGUGGUCGGGGUGGAUGUGGUUGAUCGAAGCUUGGAUCCCCAAGGAAGAUUACACAGCCAUCGCCUUCUCAGCACAGAGUGGAGGCUGCCAGGUCUUGUGAGGGCUAUUCUUGGAACCAGCAGAACAUUGACAUAUAUUAAGGAACAUUCCAUAGUGGACCCAGUAAAGAAGAAAAUGGUUUUAUGUUCAACAAAUAUAUCACUCACAAAUCUGGUGUCUGUUGAUGAAAGGUUGGUUUACACACCUCAUCCCGAACAUCCAGAAGAGACAGUACUGACCCAAGAAGCCAUAAUUACAGUGAAAGGAGUCAGCCUGAGUAGUUAUCUGGAAGGAUUGAUGGCUAACACAAUUUCUUCAAAUGCUAGAAAGGGGUGGGAUGCAAUUGAAUGGAUCAUUCAAAAUUCUGAGAGCACAGUAAGCUAA